UACCGUUAGGACUGGAGCAAAUAACAUGGAAUGGUAGUGGGGUGGUUUCGGAUCGGGACUCCACAGCUUUUGGCGGCGUAUUCUAGUAUACACCAAAAAAGAGAAAAAGAAAAGCACCGAAAAACUAGCAAACCCUACCUCCUCUCCUCCCCCUCCUCGGCGGCGGAAUGUCCGACCGCCGCCGCGACAAGGAGAAGCCCCGCGACCGCGACAUCGACCGUCAUCGCGACCGAGACCGCGACAUCGACCGUCAUCGCGACCGAGACCGCGACCGGGACCGGGACAGGGACAGAGAUCGCGAGCGAGACCACCGCCGCGAGCGCGAGCGGAAGCGCUCCCGCUCCCGGUCCCCGUCGGCGGAUCGGGACCGCUCCCACCGCCGCCACUCUCAUUCGCACCGAGGCCGUCCUUCCCCCUCUCCCGACGCCGGCCGCCACAAGCGCCGCCGCGAGGCGUCCCCUGCCUCCGCGGACCAUCACCAUAAGGAGGAAAAGAAGGCUGCCGACUCUCACGCGACACCCGGCGGAGGGGACAUCGCGGCCGCGGCCGCUGCGGUGGGUGACGGCGACGUGAAUGCGGAGGAACUGGAGAUGAUGAAGAUGAUGGGCAUUCCCGUCGGUUUCGACUCCACCAAGGGGAAGCACGUGCCCGACGCCGACGUCAGCGGGGUGCGUGCCGUCACCAAGCGCCAGCCGCGCCAGUACAUGAACCGCCGCGGCGGAUUCAACCGCCCUCUGCCGCCUGAGCGCAACCGCUAAGGAUGGGAAAAGGUCUGAAUCUCUCCCUAUCUCUAUGUUGAUAGCUAAGAACUCAAGCUUAUUUAGGUUAACAUUUCAUUGGAUAGUUGUUGCAACUCUGUAUGGGUUAACAAAGAAUAAAGUGAUGACCGGAUAUGGGUUAUCAUAGCAGUACAAUCCAUACAUAAACAUAGAAAAUCUAUCUGUUCAAAUGACAACAACACAAGCAAGAAGCACUUAGCCAUACUUAUAGAUUAUGAAAAAAAAUAUCCACACUUGGUCAGGUUAAUAGGACUCAAAUUUAAAAAUCCAGAAGAAGUCAUUUUUAUAAAUCGUCAUCCAUACUUUCAUGUUAAGUGACAAUGUGACAAAUCAACAUUAAUAAUCAUACAGAAGCGUUAGAGCUUACUAAUACUGACCUUGAUCAUACAGAAGACAUGUUGAGCUCAGCAAACACAUAAUUAGCUAGAACUGCACAUACUAAGAGGCCAACAACAAAAGCAUUAGAGCUUAUCUCCUACAAUAUGUCUAAUCAUCAAUACUUUAGAUCUUCACUUCUAGCUGGUACGAAUGGUUCAGCAAUAGCCAAUAGGCACACUGUCUUUUACAUCUUUGGUCUCUAGUCUCUACUGUUUUAAAUAAAAGAUAUUAGAAAUCCUAUAGAAACAACAAAGUACAAUUUUGCAGUAGAGACAUGCAUGCUUAUUAAAACGACGUUUAAACAUCGUUUAAACUAUAAAACGCUGGAAGAAACCGAAACGGUGAAACGUUUUACGAUUCUUCGUAAAACGUCGUUUAACGACGUUUAAACGUCACGUUUUGGCGUUUAAACGUUGUACAGCGUGAAACGCCACGUUUCGAGCGUUUAACGGCGGCCCAACCCAAUUUCACCAGAGCCGCGCUCAAGUCCAGGCCGUUGCUCCGCUCCUGGCCGCGACACUCCAGGUCGUCGCUCUGCUCCAGCCGCCGUUCUGCUCCAGGCCGCCGCUCCUCCCCCGUGCAGCCUCCUCCAGGCCGCCGCUCCAAGCCGCCGCCGCUCCUCCGCCGCUCCAGGCCGCCGCUCAGCCGCGCCAGGCCGCCGCUCAGCCGCCAGCAGCUCCAGGCCGCACUCCAGGCCGCUCCCGCUGUCUGCUGGCCACUACAGAGACAGCCCUGCCUCUAGCUUUGCUUUACUGGUGACUGAAUAGAUUGGAGGAGAAAUGACUGAUUUUAGCACGGAAGCAUCUGCAGCUGGCUCUCAAAUACGAAGUGAUGGAUAUGAUCCACUGAAAGAUCCAAAAAGGAAACCCAAAUUUGAUGAUCCAGGCUGGAAGUAUGCCUAUUAUGUAGAGCCUGGCAAGCGAGAGUUGAUCCAAUGCGCCCUUUGCCCGAGGCAAAUGAAAGGAGGAAUUCUGAGGGUGAAGAAACAUCUUGUGGGCGGAUACAAAGAUAUCCUCAAGUGUCCCAAUACCACAACUGCAAUUGCUAGAGAGUUAAAGGCGGCUUUGGAUGAAGGAAAAAAGGAUAGACCAAAGGGACAAUACUUUGAUGAAGUUGAAUCACAUGAGAAUGAAGAUGAUGAUGUUGUGGAAGUAAUUGGGUCAUCAUCAAGAGGAGGCAGCAGCACUGGAACAACCGACAAAAGAAAGGAAUUAUCAAGCAAGGCAUCAACCGUUGGGGCAACAAAAAAGCCCAUUACAAGUUUGCUCCGACGUACACCCCAAGAGGUUGUCGCGGAAAGGUAUGCCAAGGGGACAACUCAGAGAACCAUCAAUGCUGCAAUGAAGCCCAAAGAAGAAAGAGAAGCUGUUUGUAUGGAGAUAGCCAAGUUUUUCUAUGAUUGUGGCAUACCCUUCAAUGCUGCCAACUCAAGACAAUUUGAGGUAGCUGUAGAGGCCAUUGCACAGUAUGGUACGGGGUUCAAACCCCCUAGUUUCCAUGAGCUACGAGAACCUUUGCUCGCGAAGGCUGUCAAAGAGAUAUACAGUGAGAAGAAGCAUGAGGAUGCAUGGAGUCAAUAUGGUUGCACCCUCAUGUCAGAUGGAUGGACAGACAGGAGGGGUCGACAUUUGAUCAACUUCCUAGUUAACAGCCCUAAAGGUACAUUCUUUUUAGAAUCAGUGGAUGCAUCGAGUGAGUCUCAUGAUGCGUUGAUGCUUGCAGAGCUACUAGAUAAGAGAAUUGAGCAAAUUGGCAGGGAUAAGGUCAUACAUGUUGUAACUGACAAUGGUGCCAACUACAAGGCUGCAGGGCGCAUUUUGGUUCAGAACACUCCUACCUUGUUUUGGACCUCUUGUGCUGCUCACUGCUUAGACCUUAUGCUGGAGGACAUAGGAAAACUAAAGGAUUUUAAGAAGCCUAUUGCACGUGCUCGUCAUGUCACAUCAUUCAUAUAUAGACAUGGGAACAUUCAUAUAUGGACAUUGGAGCAAGUUUGAAUUUAUGCAUACCAAGAAAAGGAACAGGCCAGAGCACAAAAGACUGAAUGAUUUAGUGUAUGUUUCAUACAAUAGAAAGUUGGCCGCUAGGUUCCAAAAAUUGCGUGAAGAAGGGAAGAACUUUGAUCCUUUGGUUCUUGAAGAUUUUGAUUGGGACAAUGAGUGGGCUGAUCCAUUAGCUAAUUCAUCUGUUGUUGGGGAUGACCCUCUUUUCACAUGGGAGCAUGUUGAUCAUGCCAUCGGUGCAUCUACACAACUUCAAGGCCGCUACUUUCCUAGGAGAGCUCAUGGUACUCAAGUGCCAAUUCUUGAGGAUGAUGAAGAUGAUGUUGAUGAGGGUGAUGAGAAUGAAGACGAUGACAAUUUUGUGCUUGGCGACCUUGACAUGGAUGAUGAAGAAGAAACAAACAACAGUGGUGGCCGUGGUGAUGAGCAAGACAAGGAUGAUGUUGGUUUAGAUGAUUUGGAUGAUGGUUAUUGAGUGUUUGAGUAACUCUUGUGUGCUUGUGGUUGUGGACAUGGCAUUCUACUUUAGUUGCUUUUGUGCUAUGUUUGUGAUUGUGGACUAUAAGACAUCUCAUUCCACUUUGUUUGCAGUUGUCGACUUGCUAUUAGUUGAACUUGUGUUAUUGUGGUAAUGUGGUUGUGGACAUGUCAUUUUGCACAAUAUUAUUAUGUGAACUUAUGUUGGUUGUUUGGUAUUGGACUUGAUAUAAUUGCCUGAAAUUAUGAUA